ACAAGCCGAUGUCUCCUUUCCUCUGUGAGGUGAAAGGACACACAGCAGAAAGCCGAGAUGACAACACUAAGACCGUUCACCUGCGAUGAUUUAUUUAAAUUCAACAAUAUCAACUUGGAUCCAUUGACAGAAACGUAUGGGAUCCCGUUUUACCUCCAGUAUCUUGCUCACUGGCCGGAGUACUUCAUCGUUGCUGAGGCUCCUGGCGGUGAACUGAUGGGCUACAUCAUGGGGAAGGCGGAGGGAUCUGUGGCCCGGGAGGAGUGGCACGGUCACGUCACCGCUCUGUCUGUCGCCCCCGAGUUCAGAAGACUCGGCCUUGCAGCCAAACUUAUGGAGAUGCUGGAGGAGAUCUCAGAGAGGAAGGGCGGAUUCUUUGUGGAUCUCUUCGUGCGAGUCUCCAACCAGGUGGCAGUGAACAUGUACAAACGUCUGGGCUACAGUGUCUACAGGACGGUGAUAGAGUAUUACUCAGCCAGCAACGGAGAACCUGACGAAGACGCUUACGACAUGAGGAAGGCUCUGUCCAGAGACACAGAGAAGAAGUCCAUCAUCCCGCUGCCACAUCCUGUCAGACCAGAGGACAUCGAAUAACAGUAGACUGUGGCUCUCUGACACCCUGCUCUUUAUCCUGAUAAUCAGAUGUGAAUUAUAUGUAAUUUAAGGCCCUGCUCAGCUCCAUUGUACAUAGUUCAACUGUCACAGAUUCACAGUCAGAGAGCCACACUGUACAAAUUUUAAUUUCUAAAACAAUAAAAUAUUCAAUUUCAAAUCCUGUAAAUUCCAAAUGAACAUUUUCGUAAGAAACAACACAACAAAUGAGUUUGAAUUGAUGUAUGUAUAAUGCAAAGAAACCGUGAUCAUACAAUAAAGACUGCUCAUGA